AUGCCUUCAUCAUUUAUCCGAAAACAUGUGAGAGGUUUAUUACGAAAUAAAUUUGGACCAUCGACUAGCAUCGAUCAAGAUAACCAAGAUAUUGAGGUGAGAAAACAAAAUGAUCAACUACAUCAAUCAAAAAGGUGGCUGACUUGUUGACCGGCUCAUUCUUUUUAUUUACUCCUACUUUUCAUCAAAAUAUCAUCAUUUUUGAAAGGGAUAAAUGAACAAUUUUGAUUUACAGGAAGAAGAAGCAACAACUCCAAGAGGAGAAAAUUCUGGAUUCAAUGAUUUUUUCGGAGGAAUUGAUACGACUAAAUAUGAAUUUCCUGAGGUUAGUGGAAUAUUUAAUGAGAAAAAGAAAAUAUUAUGGGAUUAUAAUUAUGUUUUUAGGUAUACUUCGGAAAAACCGGCCUUGAUCUACCUUCAAUUCAACUAGAACAAUUGGACAGCGAAGUUUUCGCAUCCUAUACUGGACCAAACGGAGGACUAACUCAAGUUGGAGAAAUUCGAGCUCACCAACCAGCCAGAAUGGCAAAUAUUGAUGAUGAAAUGUCAUUAUCAAUCGGUGGAACAACAGAUGAUGAAGCUGAAGAUGAGGAAGAUUUGGAUGGUCCAAUUUCAAUGAGUUUGAAACGAAGUUCAAGAAAUUCACUUCUUCUUGGAAGUUGUUCUUCUUUAUUAGGACCAAAUGGAGAAAAUGAUUCAAAUUUUGGAAAAAUAUCCGCUGACAAUUACGAUUGGACAGCUCAUAAUACUGAAUCAGCAUUUGGUAUAAGUGUUUCACUUUAUGAGAAAAAUCCAAUUACUGGAGUUAAUGCUGGUGAGCCAGUUGCUGAUGUUUGGGGAGUUGUUGGUCGAGCUAACAAUGGGGUAAUUAAAUAUUUAUUAUAAACAAUUAUAAUUACCAACCAUAUUCAUUUCAGAUAAUGGCUUUAGCAGACGGUGUUAAUUGGGGAGAAGGAUCUAGAUUAGCAGCAAGAUGUGCAAUUCGUGGUGCAAUCGAUCAUUUAAACUCAAGAGUCAUCCAAAAUGUAUUACCAAGUACAACGGAAGUAUUUCACGAGUUACUCGGCGCAUUUCAUUCGGCACAUUCAUUAAUUCUUCAAGAAGGUGGAAUGUUAACAACUCUUUGUGUUGCAUUGGUUGCACCUGUCAAAUGUGGAAAUGGAUGGGCUCUUUGUGUUUGUAAUGUCGGAGAUUCUUUAUGUUUUGUGUACAAUCGAAAUUAUGGUGUUCGCGAAGUUACGUUAGGGAGUCAUGAUAUUGAUCAAAUGAGAGAUAUGAGAGAUGCUGGAGGUGCUCUUGGACCUGUAGAUGGAAGAAAUCCUCAAUUACAUAAUUUGACAUGUAGUAUGACAUUUGUUGAAACAGGUAACUUGCUCGAAUUUUUCUGAAAAACAUUCAAACAUCAAUUUUUCAGGUGAUAUUGUGUUCAUUACAUCUGAUGGUGUUUCCGAUAAUUUCGAUCCAGUUGUUGGUAAAUUUUGUGUAAUAAAGAAAACAGAAGCUGAGAAUAAAGAAAAUAGUAAACUACCUCCAAGGGAAGAUCGAACAAUUGAUGUGUCGACAAGAGAUUCGUCAAAAAAUCAAGAAUAUGCAAGAAAUCGAACAUGCGCAGCUUCUCUCCCAUGUGUAGACGCAACUCGGCGACAUGAAUUAAUGCUAGUAAGAAUGAGAGAUGUUAUAGCAAAUGGAUUGAAUCCACAACCAAAUACACCCACUUCUCCUAGAAGAAGAAUUGAAUAUCCAGCAGUUUCUGCUUCAGUUUUAUGUCAGCGAUUGAUACAAUUUGCAACACAACUUAGCCAGUAAGAAACUAAAAUUGUUCGAAGAAUUAAAGAUAAUAAUCGUUUUUCAGAGCCAAACGACGAGUUUUGGAAAAUCCAGAACUUUAUAAGAAGGAAAAAAUGACGAAGGCUGAACAGAGAGCAAGAAGAAAAAUGGUUCGUGAAAAGAUAGCUGAUAUGCCUGGAAAGUUAGAUCAUGCAUCGGUUGUGGCUUAUCAUGUUUCAAGAAAUGAGCAAAUCGAUUCGAAGUCUCCAGAACUAAGAAAUUUGCAAAAUACGAAAACAAAUGAUUUUGAAGAAAUAUCAACAAUUUCUUCUAAUGCCAAAUUUGAAAAUUUCACAAGAGUUUCCACUGCACAAUGUUCUGGAACAUUUUAUGAAUUCGCAUCUGAAAAAAUCAGUAUUUCUCUGAAAGCAGCAUCUCCACCAUCGCCAAUGAGAACAAAACCAGAACAACUAACACUUUUUGAUAUUGUUGAUAAAUCAGAAAAGAAUAACAAUAGUAUUCCACCGAAACCAAUCGUGGAAAGACCAAUGAGUCCUUAUGAACAGAUUCCGGUUAGUUUUUCAAAAAAUAUACUUGAAUCAUUUUAAAAAUAAUCUUGAAUUCAGAUUUCAUCGAGAGAAAACGGAAAACGACGAAAGAAGCAUGCUAGAGGAUCAAUCGGUAGACACACGUUGGGUGUCGAUGUUCAAUGGCUUAAAAAGUUGGUAUCGAAAAAAGACGAAUCAGCUAAAACUGAAAACGAAGUAGAAGAAUUGAGGUAAUAACAAUCAAUUCCGUAGAUUUAAACAAAAUUAUAUAAUUUCAGUGGUGAUGCAACAAUGUCUAACGGUGAUAGGAUUUCUUUACGACAAAAAUUACGGAGUAUGAUCGGAUCGACUAGGAAUCUAUCAAUCAACGAAAAUGUUAAUAGAAAAAUUUGA